GGUGACUGCCUGGAAAUCGGGCUGACUGCUUUGCUGCGGCAUCAUAGUGGCAGCUGCCACUCAGUUGCUGAUGUCUGAUAAUCCUUUGGUCUCCUUGCUGUUGUCUCUGUGUCCCUGGUUAUGUCCUCCUGGACAGGAAAUUUUAUAGUCACUGGAGACAGGCUCUUAGAUUUGGUCCCCCAAGAAAGAGAGAAAUGAAGAUGAGCCUUUCAGCCCUUGGACUUCCUUGCAGUCCUGUUGCUGUGAGCUGCUUUCCUUUCACUGCCUGUCUUUCACUAACAGGAACAGAAAUUAUCUUCCUUUAAAAUCUCCUAUUAUCUACUCAGCCAUUUUUCCCUCUGGUUGAAAGCAUGUGUGCUGUUCAGGUGCUCCCUGCUGCUGCUCACAGUGGGGAUUUACUUCUUGGCCAGUCACCCGCAGUGGGUCAGGGUGCCCAAGGUCUUUUCACACUCCUGGUGGAAGAUUUUGGGGUCAAGGGAGUACAGGUUGAAGAGAUUUAUGAUCUGCAGAGCAAAUGCCAAGGCCCUGUGUAUGGGUUCAUCUUCCUGUUCAAGUGGAUUGAGGAGCGCAGAUCCCGCCGGAAGGUCUCCACGCUGGUGGAUGAGACGUCGGUGAUCGACGAUGACAUCGUUAAUAACAUGUUCUUUGCUCACCAGCUGAUCCCCAAUUCCUGUGCCACCCAUGCCCUGCUGAGCGUCCUCCUGAACUGCAACAAUGUUGACCUGGGUCCCACGCUGAGCCGCAUGAAGGAUUUCACCAAAGGCUUUAGCCCUGAGAGCAAAGGCUAUGCCAUCGGCAACGCCCCGGAGCUGGCCAAGGCCCACAACAGCCAUGCCAGGCCGGAGCCGCGGCACCUGCCAGAGAAGCAGAACGGGAUCAGCGCCGUGCGGACCAUGGAGGCUUUUCACUUUGUCAGUUACGUCCCCAUCAAGGGGCGGCUCUUUGAGCUGGACGGGCUGAAGGUCUAUCCCAUUGACCACGGGCCAUGGGCUGAGGACGAGGAAUGGACGGACAAAGCCAGGAGAGUGAUCAUGGAGCGCAUUGGCCUGGCCACUGCAGGGGAGCCCUACCACGACAUCCGCUUCAACCUGAUGGCCGUGGUGCCCGACCGCAGGAUGAAGUACGAGUCCAAACUGCACAUCCUGAAGAUGAACCGCCAGACUGUGCUGGAGGCCUUGCAGCAGCUUAUCCGAGUAACUCAGCCUGAGCUGAUACAGACCCAGAAGUCUCAAGAGUCUCAACCUCCUGAAGAGGCAAAGCCAGCCAGCAGCAAGACUGUGACUCCAGAGACCACCCACCCAGAUGGCACUGAUGAGCCCCCCAGCCAGGGCCACCCUGUGGCCACGCAGAGCCCAUCCAACAAAGCCAAACUGGGGCCAAAGACAUCAGUGUGCGGCAUCAACGGGGCACCUCCAGGGAACCCCAACCCCAUCGUGCAGAGGCUGCCAGCCUUCCUGGAUAACCACAACUACGCCAAGUCCCCCAUGCAGGAGGAGGAAGACCUGGCAGCAGGAGUGGGUCGCAACCGGGUCCCAGUCCGACAGCACCAGCAGUACUCGGAUGAUGAGGAUGACUAUGAUGAUGAGGAGGAGGAGGAAGUUCGUAACACCAACUCAGCCAUCAGGUACAAGAGGAAAGGGCAGGUGAAGCAAGAGCAUGUGGCGGGGGCUGCGGAUGGCCAGCUCUCUGUCCUUCAGCCCAACACCAUCAACGUCCUUGCUGAGAAGCUGAAGGAGUCUCAAAAGGAUCUUUCCAUUCCCUUGUCCAUCAAGACGAGUGGUGGGGGUGCUGCCGUGGCCGUGGUCACCCACUCCCAGCCCUCUCCCACCCCGAGCAACGAGAGCACAGACACCGCCUCCGAGAUCGGCAGCGCCUUCAACUCCCCGCUGCGCUCCCCGAUCCGCUCGGCCAACCCCACGCGCCCCUCCAGCCCCGUCACCUCCCACAUCUCCAAGGUGCUCUUUGGGGAGGAGGAUGGGCUGCUGCGUGUCGACUGCCUGCGCUACAACCGGGCCGUCAGGGACCUGGGGCCCAUCGUCAGCUCCGGGCUGCUGCACCUCACCGAGGACGGCGUGUUCUGCCCACUGGCUGCUGCAGAUGGGGGGAAAGGCUCCCCCUCUUCCAUUAAACCCGGUGAAGAGGCCCCGGUCGCGAUCAAACUGGAGGAGAAGGAGGGCAGUGAGGCCAGUGACAGCAAAGAGAAGGUGGGACUUGGCAGGACCAGUGAUCACCCUGGGGGGGAAAAGUAUUCUCCCAAGGAGCUGCUGGCGCUGCUGAAGUGUGUGGAGGCAGAGAUUGCAAACUACGAGGCCUGCCUGAAGGAGGAGGUGGAGAAGAGGAAGAAAUUCAAGAUUGAUGACCAGAGGAGAACCCACAACUACGAUGAGUUCAUCUGUACCUUCAUCUCCAUGCUGGCCCAGGAGGGCAUGCUGGCCAGCCUCGUGGAGCAGAACAUCUCGGUCCGCAGGCGACAGGGAGUCAGCAUCGGCCGCCUGCACAAGCAGAGGAAGCCAGACCGCCGGAAACGCUCCCGCCCGUACAAAGCCAAGCGCCAGUAGCUGGGAAGCCAGGACUGUGAGAAACAGCAGCUGGGGCUUUGUGCCUUUGGGCGAUGACACUUGGAUCUACCUUACCCUUUGCCCAAGGAAGAGGGACCACAGUGACAAGCCCUCGGCAGAGGUGGAGCCUGGGGACAAAUGGAAAUUGGGUUUUCCUCUGUGCCUGAGCAGUGAAGGGCAGGAAUAUGUCUCGAGGAGUCCCUGCAGCAGACGGCAAUCCAGAGUGCCCCAGCUGCCCUGACCAUGCCAUGGCAGUGCCCAGACGCCGUGGGGCUGUGUCUCAGCGCCGUGGCUGAGGACUGUGAUGGGAAGGAAGGAGCCCACCCAGCUGGUGGUGGGUCUGGUGGUGUGGGAAUGCUGGCAAUGCCCACGUGGGGCUGUGCUGGCCACAGCUGGCUGUGGCUUGUGUCCUCCUGCAUCCAGGCCUUCAGCUCUGUGCUUCCCUGGGCCGCUCAUGUCUGUGUUUUCUAUCCUUCUCCCUCCCUUCCCCAAACUCGUUUUUGGUCCUAACCCAGGCUUUGGCCAUUCUGAGCAAGGUGGCUCUGGGACAGAGCCCCUUCUGCACCCACCCUGCACUGCACUGUCCCAGUGCCCAGUGCUGCCCGGGCUCCUGGGGAUGGUGAUACCACCCCAGUGUAGCUUUUCCCUGGUGGGCCAUGACAGAUCUCUUGCUGAGUGAGCGUGGGCGGGCUCGUCCUUGGAGCUGGGCCUUGUGCCCAGCCCUCCAUGGUGGUGCUGGGGGUGGCCCAUGGCUCUGCUGCCAUGGCUGCUCCCCUUGGGACCAGCCCCGUGGCCCUGGCAGUGCCUGUAGGUCAUGAGGGAUUGUUCUAGUCCCUAGAGAAACUCCAUGAAUUAUGUAUGAACAGACCAGGUUCUUAGGGUGGCCUGGUGCUGCUGGGCACAGCACCAGGGUGGAUGCUGGAUGUGGCUCAGUGAAGCCUCUCAGCAUGGGGAGAGGCAGCUGGUUGCUGCAGUGGUGGAGGUGGGAUGGGGACAGCAGUGAAGGAAGCCUCCAGCUCCUCCUGCCCAAGCCCCUGGCUGGCUGCUAACCAGAGCUUGCUGGUGCAGCCUGGCUGCCUCUUUCCAGUGCUCUACAUAUGCUCUCCUGCCUGAACCCCCCAGCAGCCUGGCAGAUAUCUGAGGUGUCAGAGGUGAGCACCGCCCUCCAGAGAUGUCCUGUGGUGGAGGUGCCACAGGAGAGGACUGAAUUUUUUAAAAUGUGUACGGAUCUUGACCAUGAAAUGAAAGAGUUCUUUUGGUAUUUGUUGAAGGAAAGAAAAUCCUUCUGUCUCUUGCUGUGUCUAAUAUCAAGUGCUGUAAAUAAUGGAUCUGUCUGAAGGAAUAAAGCUAUCCUGUAACAGCCA